CCCAAAAUAAGUAGUAAUGGGCAGUGGCCGUUCACAUUCGGCUCACCUUUUCCACUUGCUCAUAAGUCGCUGCCUGGCUGUGAGGGAGGUGCCCCUGCCUGACUGCAGAGAGAAGCCACUGAGACCGAUCCACAGACACCAUGAAAGUACUUCAAGUGAACAUUCUUUUUCUCCUUCUGUCCAGUCUUUGCUGCAGUAAAAGCAACUCAGAUGUUAUAUCUGUACCUACUACUGUAUUAUCAUCAAGCAUUUCUGCAACACAAGCUGUAUCAACAUCAAGCAUAACACAAUCAACAGAACUUGUUACACAAUCAACCACGGGAACAUCUCCUAAAGGAACAACCACAAGUGAAUUCUCAGAAACACCUUUGUUGACAACAAUUUCUUCAUUAACUACAACAGGUAAAGGUGAAGGAUACACAACCAAUGCCACUAAGAAUGAAUUCAUCAUGACAAAUGCAACAGUGACAAAUAGCCUGCUUACAAAUUCUGUUUCAACUUUAAAAAGUUCCCAACACAAGACUGAGAAUCAGAGUACAAUUAAAACAACAGAAAGACAAGUUACUAUACAGCCAGAUGCAUCAUCUUCUAAAACCAGUGCAUUACCCUCGACAUCAAGAUCAGAAAACAUCUCAGAGUCCCAAGGCACUGAGAAUGGAAAAAAUGCAAGUGCUGCUUCUUCAACAAACCCGUCUUAUUCCAGUAUUAUUUUGCCGGUAGUUAUUGCUUUGAUUGUAAUAACACUUUCAGUAUUUGUUCUGGUGGGUUUGUAUCGAAUGUGCUGGAAGACAGACCCAGGCACGCCGGAAAAUGGAAAUGACCAACCUCAGUCCGAUAAAGAAAGUGUGAAGCUUCUUACUGUUAAGACAAUUUCUCUUGAGUCUGGUGAGCAAUCAGCACAAGGAAAAACUAAGAACUGACAGCUUGAUGAAUCUCUCCACACCUGGGCAAUAAAUAUGCUUAGCCUUUGGCUUCCAUGCUCCAGAGGUAGGAAAGGAGAAAGCCCUGUGGACACAAUCCUGACUUCUAAGCCUGCUACCCAGUCUACACCGGCCACCUGUACCAAUACAGUGAUGUCUGGAUGACAUGGAAUCAUUUGAUAGAAGAAAAAGGAUCCUGGACCUCUCCCAUCCUUAACAAUGUAAAAAAGUAUAUUACUAUAUUUUAUAGAAGUAUUCCUAAGAGAGCAAAUUUUAGAAGGAGCAUUUGUAAAGCAGUUAACCUUGACAGUCCAGGCAGAUAGACACAGUGGUGGCAUGACCUUGCAUCGAGUUUAAAGUUUCAAGAGCCUAAGUUUUUUCUCCAAGGAGAUUUUCCUACUUUCUUGGUGUUCUUCUGUUAUCUAAUGUUUGUAUUUAUUGUUUCCACUAUGUUAAUGCAGGGGAAAUUCGCACGUGUAUUUUUAAAUCCUAGGUAGAAAUCAUGCCAUGUCACUUUGUACAUAAGGAUAUUUUAUUCAUAUUUUCAUGUGUAACUUUUAACAAAUAAUUACUAUACUCAGCACACUAAAACUAUCACAAUGUGACUUUGAAAAUGGCAAUGGUAUUUUGUUCCCUUAAUUGUUAAUAUUUUUCAGAGCAAGACCCUAGAACUCACUCAUGAAAGGCAUCUAUAAUAAGCGAGAAAGGGACAAAGGAUUCAUGUAUCAGACCCAGUUAUGGGAGAAUCACUUUACCAUUUCUUUAGUCUUUCUAUUUGUAAUUCACAUUAUGUGACCAAGAUAUAAGUACAUGCCCUGUAUUUAUCUGUACCACAUUCAUUAGAGGAUAACAGGAUCAAGAUUUUUCAUUAAUCCACUUGGUCGAUACUAUCUCUGUGCUUUUGUACAUCUUUCAGAAGUGUAAUUAUUUUUUCAAGCAAUGAUUGCUAAAUCUUCUGUUUGUAAAAAACCAAUACUUCAUAAAUACAUAGUUGUGAUAUUGUUUUCAUAUACAUAUGUUCAUAGCUGCUAUUCUAUCAGAAGAAAAUUCUUCUAUUGAAUGCUGACCAAUCAACCUUGCCCACUUCCUUGAUACAUGGGAUCAAAAUAUCUGAUUGGCUGAGGCUCUGUGGAAAGCUUAGGAACUAAAAAGAUGCCACUGGCAGUUCUUUAACUUUUAUGAUUGCCUAAGCUAAUUUUCAUGCUAAAUUGUUUUCAGUGAUCCAGGGGCAAUAUAGUGAGAUAGAGUAGUGUGUUUAAAAUGUCUUUUUUUCAGUGCUUUUGAAAACGUCCAGUUCUAGUAGUUAUAUAAAUAAUUACCUUAAUGUUAGCUUUCUGAUGUCUGGACUAUUUCUAAUCAAGAAGACCAAGCAAACAUAUCUAUAUUGCUGACCAGUGUUUCUUUAAGUUUCUUUGAGAAUGAUGGGGAAUGGGGGAGGGUGAAGAAAAGGAAAAGCAAGAAGAGAGACAAAAGAGUAAGGAUCAUCACUACAUACACUUUUACUUCAGGGCUACUGUCCAUACUUAACUCUAACCCAUAAGCUUUUAAAUGGGCAAGACUGUUGCUGGAAUAGGCUGAGCAUUGAACAUUGUCUUCAGAAGGAAAAUAUACAAAUGUCCCAAGAAUAAUCUUCAACAGAAUCUACUGCAAAGAAACAAACUUCUCCACAAGUUAAAUGACUACAAAUGAUUGUUAUUCUGGCUUCUAUAAAAUCAUUUUCUCUACCUUUCAUAAGCAUUGUUAGAAGAGAGUUUGCAAAAGUCAGGAAGAGGGAAAGUUUUUAACAGCCAUGAGGGAAAGAAAUUCAUUCUGGUUCAAGAAUUGUACUUAAAGAAUAUGUUUUAAACUAACAAAUCUUUAAAAUUUCUAAAGCGAUAAGAGGAUUGAGGAAUUUGCAGAGAUAUUCAUGGGAUUUUGCAGCAUCAAUCUCAAAGGUAAAGUCUGCAUUUUUAUAAGUCAAUAAACUGUUGAAAUAUGGCCCUUUAUUUUCAAGCCAAAAUUGUCAUUAAUCACACAUUUUUAAAUUAUCUGUUUUAGAUGAUAUAUAUUUUUUAUACCUGAAUUUUUACAAAAUUUUUAUUCUCACAAAGAGUUCAAAUGUUGCUGCACCAAAGGAAAGGAUAUAUUUGGACCAAAGUCAAGAAUUUCUAUGUGUUUGUUCUGUAAGACAAUAUGAAUAUAAUUUAAGCCUAUCAGUAAUCAAAACACAUACAACAGCUAAUUAGCUGGCACUGUUGUCAUCUGAGAAUAAAUGGAUUCUGUUGACCAACAAACUGGCUGUGAUCAGCAAGCAUAGAAAGACUUCUAAAUUCCCCUUGCUGAACUGAAAUAUUCCAUUAACAUGGGUGACAAAUCUGAGUUUUAUUUCUUGUCUACCUGCCAGAUUUAAGUUUGUGAGGCUCAGUUUAGGAAUAGAUGAACCUUCAAUGUUGAACAUACUAGAUUUAGCCUGAUUUUUCUCCAUUGGGCCCCACUUUGUGGUUAUUCAAGAUUUCAUGGGGCUCUAAAAGAAAACUAAGGAUAUCCUUAACAAGUUAUGUUUUAAGUGACUAUAUUCUCAAUACUAUAGAACUAUAAAUUAUUGCCUAUUAUUAAAAAUAUUUAUCAUUGAGAUUGAUUAAUUAAAAGUUAGGUACCAUGUAUUGAGACUUUUGGAUUUUACACAGAUCUUCAUUUUUAGAUACCCCACAAAUACAAACAGAACUUUUUGUGCAUCAUUGAAUGAGUCCUUGCUUCCAGGAAAUUUGUUCUGUGACUGGAAUGCAUCUACUUUCUGUUCUGGUUACUUCUCUAAAGGGAAAAUACAGUUUUAAUAAACAAUGCAAAAACCUUCAA